AUGCCACCGCGAAAAUCCACGUCCUCGGUAACUCCAGGUGAUAUAGACGACUCGAGUAUGCUUUCGACCCAGGGACAAAGCACCGACAAGCCCAUCACAGCGACAGAGCAGCAGAUCAAGGCGCGAGCAGAAUUGGGCGUCAGCGUAGAUGACUACCUCCUCCCACGCUCGUUGACAAUCCGUCUGGCUAAAUCGGUUCUCCCGCCCAAUACCACAAUCCAAAAAGAUGCCGUGCUAGCAAUCCAGAAAGCGGCGACAGUAUUCGUUUCAUAUCUUGCUUCUCAUGCCAACGACGCAACCCUCAAACGAACCCUCAAUCCCUCGGACGUCUUCAGUGCGCUAUCAGAACUUGAAUUUGACUCGUUCCGCGAACGCCUCGAACAAGAACUGGAAGCUUACUCCGAAAUCAAAGCUGGUAAACGCAAGUCGAAGAAGUCAGAUGGGGGUGAAGCGGCCGCCACCUCCGCUGAAGCAGCUGCCCCGCGGGACGAUGACAAUGAUGUUGAGAUGGCUGAAAAUCCAUCUAAGAGGGUGAAACGGGAUUCUAAGGGUGUGGCUGCGGCGCAGGAUGAUGGGGAUGAGACUCAAGAAGAGGAGUUGGAGGACGAGGCUGAAGAGGAUGAGGAGGAGGCUGAAGAGGAUGAUGAUGAGGAGGAGGACGAUGGAGCUGAUGAGAGGAGAGUUGAGUAUGAUGUUGAUCGCGUUGAGGAUUUGGAUGCUAGGCCUAGGCAUGUGGAUCCUGAUGCUGAUGAGACUGAUGAUGAUGAUGGGCCGGCUAGUCAGCUGCGUGAUAAUAUGGGACUUGGUUAA